UUUCUGCACUCAAAACGUGAUGUUAUAAAUACCAGUUAGGCAAGAAUAAUGGUGAGUUUUGCAUGUCUAUUUCGUUAAUGCAUUUGAUAAGAGACUGAAAACUGGAGAUGUGAAGUGGAUAUAGACUAAAUUUUUAUAAGUGAGCAGUAUCAUAUAUUAAUAAACCCUUCUGUUAUGAUAGAUCAAGUUCACAGUGUACCUAUAGCACAAAUGGGAAACUACCAGGAGUAUCUAAAACAAAUACCUUCUCCACUCCGAGAGCUUGAUCCUGAUCAACCGCGAAGGCUCCAUACAUUUGGCAAUCCAUUCAAAUUGGACAAAAAGGGAAUGAUGAUAGAUGAAGCAGAUGAAUUUGUAUCAGGACCUCAAAAUAAACAUAAAAGACCUGGAGAACCAAAUAUGCAAGGGAUUCCGAAAAGACGUCGUUGUAUGUCCCCCCUGCUCAGAGGUCGACCGCAAACUCCUCCGGUUGUGAAUAACCACAUUGGAGGAAAAGGGCCACCAACACCAAUCACACAAGCACAGCCUGACCUUGUUAAACCUAUUCCUAUUCACAAAACAUCAGAAACAAAUAAUGAGGUUACAAUGGAUGAUGUGGUUGAGAAUCAUGUUACAGACCCACUUUCAUCAGACGUUUUCCUGAAUACUGUGGAUUCAGAGUUUUCAAUGUCCUCUUCUCCAUUCAAUUCAUUGGAUCGACCAGCAGCUCAUACAGAGGAUGGAGGCCAUGAACAUUUAGGGAAUAACUUGAAUGUUGAUGGGUUUUUGGAGAAUCAUGAGGAAUUGAGUAGUAAAGAACAAAGUACUGAAGAGAACUUGCCAAUGUCUUCACCAAACAAAGGGAAAAAAACAGUGCAUUGCAGAAGUUCCAGAGAGAUUAAUAUAGAGCUAAGAGCACAAAUUAUGAAAGAGAUCCGAAAACCAGGAAGGAAAUAUGAAAGAAUCUUCUUUUUACUGAAGCAUGUACAAGGAAGCCUACAAACCCGACUGAUAUUUUUACAAAAUGUUAUUAAAGAAGCUUCAAGGUUUAAAAAACGAAUGCUGAUAGAACAGCUUGAGAGUUUUCUGGAAGAAAUCCAUCGCAGAUCCAGUCAGGUCAAUCACAUCAACAGCAGCUAAGAAACACUGCACACAAGAGAAAGCCACAGCAGGGCACUGCUGUCCUUACUUGCAUUCAUUUUUGACAUGCACUCUAAUCUCAAGUUCCUAUACCUGAAAGAAUGAGAAGCUGCUCUAUAAAAUGAUGAGAAAAGUAUCCAUCAUCUUUUUUUUUCUUCACUUCUGUUAUUUUUGUAAUGUGAAAAAUAUCACAAAAACAUUUUUAUUUAACUAAAUGGAGAACUUCUUGCUUGUCAUGGACUUAAGUGUCACUUUCCCUCAGGUUCUAUUUUUCUUAAUCCGACCUUCAAAACUAUCACCUCUUAAGGUUGAACUUUGCCAAAAAGUUGCUUUGUAAUUUUCAAAAGAAAAAAGCACAUACAUUAAACAAGGUAAUGUUUUGUAUAUACAGUUAUUUUGGAUAUAUUAUUGUAAGUUGUAUAAAUGUAUUUUGAAAAAAUAUUUAAGAAAAGCACUUUUGUUAUUCCAUCAAUAAAAACUCUAUUUUAAUCUUUGUGUAGGAUUGAGUACAGUUUUUAUUGGAAUGGUUCAUUCUGCCUUCC